UCCUGCAGCUCCUCUCUCUCCCCCCUUAUGUCAGUCCACCAAAGUCGGUCCUCCUCCUCCUUUGGUGUCAGACGCACGCACGCACACUCACACGCGCGCACACACUCCAAACCCUCAGGAAAAGCGUGCUGGAUCCUCACACCGUCUGUCAGCAUGGGGAGCGCCUGUUUUUCCCGGGACCUUUGUUUGUUUCUCCUCCUCAUUCAUACCUGCAGGCUGAUGGCCAGUGUCGCCCUCUCAGAUCCAGACGAGUGCGCGGAGGGCUCAGAUGACUGUCACAUUGAUGCUCUCUGUCAGAACACAGCAAAGUCCUUCAACUGCAUCUGCAAACCGGGCUACAAGGGAGACGGCAAGCAGUGCGAGGACAUGGAUGAGUGUGAAAACGACUACAAUGGGGGCUGCGUCCAUGAAUGCAUCAACAUACCAGGAAACUACAGGUGCACCUGUUACGAUGGAUUCAUGCUUGCCCAUGAUGGACACAACUGUCUGGAUGUGGACGAGUGUCUGGACAACAACGCUGGUUGUCAGCAAGUGUGUGUUAACACGAUGGGGAGCUACGAGUGUCAGUGUACAGAUGGCUUUUUCCUCAGUGACAACCAGCACACCUGCAUCCAUCGCUCCGACGAUGGAAUGAACUGCAUGAACAAGGACCAUGGGUGUGCCCACAUCUGCAGGGAGGCACCAGGCAAAGGUGGGGUGUCGUGUGAGUGCCGUCCUGGGUUCGAGCUGGCGAAAAACCAGAAAGACUGCACAUUGACAUGUAACUAUGGAAAUGGCGGAUGCCAACACACCUGUGAUGACACGGACACAGGUCCAGUGUGUGGUUGUCACCAGAAAUACGCCCUGCACUCAGACAGCAAGACCUGCAUUGAGAAAGAUGAGGCUGCAAUUGAGAGCUCUGAGUUCAAUGCCACGUCAGUAGCUGAUGUGGACAAGCGGGUGAAACGGCGGCUACUUAUGGAAACCUGCGCUGUGAACAAUGGCGGCUGCGACAGGACGUGUAAAGACACGGCCACAGGGGUGCGCUGCAGCUGCCCUGUGGGAUUCACCCUGCAGCCUGACGGCAAAACCUGUAAAGACAUCGACGAAUGUCAAGAGAACAACGGAGGCUGCGAUCACUUCUGCCGGAACACAGUCGGCUCUUUCGAAUGCAGCUGCCAGAAAGGUCACAAGCUGCUCACUGAUGAACGGACCUGCCAAGACAUUGACGAGUGCUCCUUUGAGAGAACAUGCGAUCACACCUGCAUUAACUACCCUGGAAGCUUCGAGUGCUUGUGCAACAAAGGCUACAUCCUGUAUGGUCUCACUCACUGUGGCGAUAUUGAUGAGUGCAGCAUCAACAAUGGGAGCUGUGAGUAUGGCUGCAUAAACACACAAGGCAGCUACGAGUGUGUGUGUCCGCCUGGACAGAAACUCCACUGGAACAAGAAGGACUGUAUCGAGGCGGUGAAGUGUCUGCCCAAUGGGAAGCCAGCACCGCGAGCCCAGCUGACCUGCAUCAAGAGCGGAGGGGCAGAGGUCUGCUCGCUCUCCUGCCCCUCCAACGCCCUCUUCCUCGCUGAUUCGGAGAACAGCUACACACUGAGUUGUGGAGUACCUGUCCAGCCUGGUAAAGCUCCUCAGAAGCGGAACGCCACUGCUGCCUUACUCACCUGCACUGACACGCUGGCUCCACCCAUCAAACAGAAGGCUCGGUUUAAAAUUAAAGAUGCCAAGUGUCAUCUGAGGCCUCGGAACAAAGAGAAGCACAGAGAUUCAUCAAAGCAGAGCCUACAAGGAGGACAGUUCCCCUGUACCGACGACUGCCAGGUAACCUUUGUCAACCUCAAGUGCGACUCAUCCAAGAAACGCAGGCGAGGACGCAAGUCUCCUUCGAAAGAAGUUUCUCACAUCACAGCUGAGUUUGAGAUGGAAAUGAAGGAGGAGGAAGCCUCGGACUCCUGUAAUAUGGACUGCGUGCGGGAGAGGAUGAAGCAGAAGCUACAGAGCGCCAUGCGCACGCUCAGGAAGUCCAUCAACAAACAGCAAUUCUACAUCCAUUUCUCCGGGACGGAGUACGAAGUGGCCCAGAAACCGUCCAGAGCGCUGGACGGAGUGGAAUCCUGCAGCACGGGGCAAGUCCUGCGAGACGGAAAGUGUGUGAGUUGUGGUGUAGGGACCUUCUACAGUGGCGAACAUGAGCAGUGUGUCCAGUGUCCGCCCGGCACGUUCCAGGACACAGCGGGUCAGCUUUCCUGUGAGCCGUGCCCCAGUAUGGAAGGCCAGGGCAUCGCCGGGGCCAAGAACGUGUCUCAGUGUGGAGGUCAGUGUCCUGCAGGUCAUUUCUCUGCUGAUGGGUUUCGUCCAUGUCAGGCGUGCCCACUGGGUUCGUAUCAACCGGAACCGGGACGAGUCCUGUGCUUUUCCUGUGGAGGAAGCCUCAUGACCAAGUAUGAAGGAUCCGUCUCCUUUAAGGACUGCGAGGCCAAAGUGCACUGUGCUCCUGGUCAUUACUACAACUCCAGUACCCGCUGUAUCCGCUGCCCAGCAGGAACCUACCAGUCUGAGUUUGGACAGAACUAUUGCAUCACCUGCCCUGGGAACACCACCACUGACUUUGAUGGUGCCACCAACGUCUCCCAUUGCAAAAAUCAGCUGUGUGGAGGUGAGCUGGGAGAAUACACAGGCUACAUUGAGUCUCCGAACUAUCCUGGAGACUAUCCGUCCAAUGUGGACUGUGUGUGGACCAUACCACCACACAAGAGGCGAAUCCUCAUCGUGGUACCGGAGAUCUUCCUCCCCAUCGAGGAUGAGUGUGGAGAUGUGCUCGUCAUGAGGAAGAGUGCCCUGCCCACCUAUACCACCUAUGAGACUUGUCAGACAUAUGAGCGUCCGAUCGCGUUCACCUCUCGCUCACGUAAGCUCUGGAUCCAGUUUAAGUCCAACGAGGGCAACAGUGGCAGAGGCUUCCAAGUUCCAUAUGUCACCUAUGAUGGUGAUGACUACCAGCAGCUGAUAGAGGACAUCGUGCGAGAUGGCAGGCUCUAUGCCUCAGAAAACCACCAGGAGAUCCUGAAGGACAAGAAGCUGAUAAAGGCCUUGUUUGAUGUCUUGGCCCACCCCCAGAACUACUUCAGGUACACAGCGCAGGAGUCCAAAGAGAUGUUCCCGCGUUCCUUCAUCAAGCUACUGCGCUCCAAAGUCACCAGGUUCCUUCGGCCGUACAAAUAGACGACGCUUACCCACUGUCCUUUUAAAGACCCUGUGAUCCCGAGUCAGUCCAAAUCCAACAACACCAUUGUAAAUCUGCUUGUUACCUGCUUAUGUCAAUGCCUUGAUCCAGCGUUGUCUGACUGAACCUUUUUUUUGUUUGGUGCGUUCACCCCGAUCCUUUGCAUCACACGAUGCCUUUCCUGAUCUCUGACCUCUUGAAAGACUAGUGCAUUUUUAAUUGACAGCCUUCUCUACCAACAAUGCUUGUUUAUAAGGUUUGACCAGUAUGAGUUUUUAAAGGCCAGUACCAUUUUUU